GCCAGCGGAAAGAUGGCGACCGCCGGGCUCGAGAAGAAAGUAAAGGGUAAUUUCCUGACGUGCUCCAUCUGCUUCGAGAUGUACUCAGACCCGUGUACACUGAGGUGUGAUCACACAUUCUGCAGGAAAUGUGUCACCUCAUACAUCCAAACCAGACCAGAUGCUGUACAGUCCAAGACCAUCCCCUGUCCCUGCUGUCGACAAGACACCAAGGUCCCCCACCCCAGGAGGCCGGUGAAGGAGUGGGCGGGGCAGAUCAAAGCCAGCAUCAUUAUACAGGGGCUGAUUGACACCUAUAGAUCCGAGGUGGCUGUGCAAGGGACCUCAAGCACCUGUUGUACGAUCUGUCAGCAACUAGGGGAAACAACUGCAGAGGUCUUGUUGUGUCCUGAAUGAGAAGUGGUCCUCUGCGACAAAUG